CCAGCCUUCUCCCCCGCCCCCGCCAGUCCCGCGGUCCCACAGCGCCAGGUCGCCCCUAGCCCCCUCCCUCCUCCCAACCUCUCUCGGUCCCACCCUCCCUAGCUUUGUGCCCGGGGCGCCGAGCCGCUUCCCCCAUCAGCCGCGCUGCGGGAGGAGGGAGCCGCCACCUAGAAGCUGCCGCUCGCAGCCCCGGGCAGGGGCACAGUUGCAACCAAGGCAAUGUCUUACUACCUCAACUCAGAAAACCACCUGGACCCAGGACCUAUCUAUGUACGAGAAAACGGUCAGCUACACAUGGUCAAUCUGGCCUUGGAUGGUGUCAAGAGUAGCCUGCAGAAGCCAAGGCCUUUCAGACUGUUUCCCAAAGGCUUCUCUGUGGAGCUUUGCAUGAACAGGGAAGAUGAUACUGCACAGAAAGAGAAGACUGAUCAUUUCAUCUUUACAUAUACCCGGGAGGGGAAUCUUCGGUACUCUGCCAAAUCUCUCUUCAGCCUCGUCCUGGGCUUUAUCUCCGACAAUGUUGAUCAUAUUGAUUCCCUUAUUGGCUUUCCUGAGCAGAUUGCUGAAAAGCUGUUCUCUGCUGCAGAAGCCAGACAGAAAUUCACAGAGCCAGGUGCAGGGCUGAGGGCUUUACAGAAAUUCACUGAGGCCUAUGGAAGUCUGGUGCUUUGCUCCCUGUGUUUGCGAAACAGAUACCUGGUGAUUUCAGAAAAACUUGAGGAGAUUAAGUCUUUCCGGGAGCUGACCUGCCUGGAUCUUUCCUGUUGCAAGCUUGGAGAUGAGCAUGAACUUCUAGAACAUCUCACCAAUGAGGCCCUGUCUAGUGUAACUCAACUCCACCUGAAGGAUAAUUGUUUAUCUGAUGCCGGGGUGCGGAAAAUGACAGCACCAGUUCGAGUGAUGAAAAGAGGCCUUGAAAAUCUAACAUUAUUAGACUUAUCUUGUAAUCCUGAGAUCACAGAUGCGGGCAUUGGAUACCUCUUCUCUUUUAGAAAACUAAACUGUUUAGAUAUUUCUGGGACAGGGCUCAAGGACAUCAAAGCCAUCAAACACAAGCUCCAGACUCACAUAGGCCUUGUCCACUCCAAAGUGCCUUUGAAGGAAUUUGAUCACAGUAACUGCAAGACAGAGGGCUGGGCUGACCAGAUUGUUCUGCAAUGGGAGCGUGUGACUUCAGAAGCUGUGAAGCCACGAGAAACCGGGGAGCCUCGAACAGCAGCUCAACACUUCUAUGGCAAGCGGGCUCGAACAGAAGCCCCUGUGAAGUGUGCCCUGGCAGAUACCCACAUGAACUCUUCUGAGAAACUCCAGUUCUAUAAAGAGAAAGCCCCAGACUGCCAUGGGCCACUAUUGAAGCGCGAAGCUGUCUCAAGCCAGGAGUCAAAGAAGAGCAAGAAGAGAGCUUUUGAAGAGCCAGAGAAGGAACAGAGCAACUCUUCACAGUCUUCAAAGCAGAAAUACGUGUGUCUUGCUGUGGAAGACUGGGACUUGUUAAAUUCCUACUGAUUGGUAGAUAGGAGUUGACCUCUUUCCCCCUACUCUUAUGUAUGAGGAAAGGGGGCUGAUGGUGUUUUCCUUUUUGUUUGACUUUACCUAUGGCAUUAGCAUAGCAAGUGGAUAUUUCUACUUUUGUGGUGGGGGAGGGGAAUGCUAUGGAAGUAUGUAAUAAUUUCUAAUGUAUAUUUUCAAUACAUAGUAAUUUUUUCAAAUAAACGUUUUUGCUGUCCUUAA